CAGACACUUUUCGAGUCGCAGACUCUCCGCACGGAUCCCGCUUUUCACGAGUUCAUGAAAACGCUUUUUCUUAAAUUCACAGUUUCGCGAGUUAUUUUUUUUUUCUCACGUAAUUAUUAUUUAAUCAGUUUCUUUGAAAAAAAAGUUAAAAAAAAAAUUCGAUCGUAAAUAAUACUAAAAAAAACCAAGUGACUUGAUUGAUUACUUUUUAAGUGUAAACUUCGUAUUUGCAUAUAAGGAUUUAUUAUUCAUCGACAUCAGGUGCAAAUAAGGAAUCUUACAGUGUGAACUUUAUAUUGGAAAAGUGCCAGGCGUACUUUGCAAAAAGGAAAGAAAAAAAAGAAAAAAAAACCAGUGAAACAAGAAAAGAUCAAAUUGGUCGAGGAGGAAAGUUUAAAAGUUGUUUUCAUUUGAAAGUGAGCUUCGUGUGUUUCGUGAUAAAAAGUGAUUUAAUUAUUCGGUGAAAAAUUGAGAAAUUCUCACAAUGAGAAGAGCGGUACUUACCGCUUGUUUGCUGAGCUUUGCUCUCGCCGGAAGUCCCAGGUUACCGCGGACUUCUGCCGAUCAGCGCAGCAUUCGAAAUGCACAUGUCAACAAUAAUAAUAUUACUGGGAAUAUUUUGCCACCACCCACACGUGGAUCCCCUCGAAGCAGAGAGCAAUAUCUAUUUAAUGUCUUCGAGGUAAUUGUUUCAACUUUGGAGUCAAAACUUCAGAGGAUUGAAAAUUUGGAUAAAGCAGUGGAACACUUGAUGAGGAGGGUAGAGGCUCUCGAUUCUCGAGUAAAUGACAAUAUUGAUAAAACCGAUGCAGUGAUAACAAAAUUAAGGACACUUGACCUUAAACUAUUUCACACUCAAUCACUUCCAAUCCCGGAAGUGGUCGCAGCAUCCACAAGAAAUGUUGAAAGCAGAAGUGGCACUGAUGAUUCUGAAGUUCCGCUGAUAAGAUUGAUACACAAUGAUGAACCAUCAUCGCCUGAUACAUUGGGUGAAAAAUUAGUUUCACUCGAUCAAAAAGUCUCGGAUAUUGACAAUAAAUUGGUGAUAUUGAAAAAUCAUUUGGACAAUAAUUUUUUGCCCACCGAUGAUAUUAAUGCCGAGGCAAGUGAAAAAAAACCAAUAAGUAUGAAUGUUAUUGAAAUAAUGAAGGCAAUGAGUAACGAGGUCAUGAAUCAUGUUACUAUCGAAAUUGAAAAUCUUCGCCAAACAACUGGCAACAUGGAUCGGAAGCUGCAAUUUCAAAUGAAUCUUGUCUCUGAAAAUCUUGGCGCCGUUUACAAUAUGAUGAAAGAUGUUCAUGAGGCAAUUGUCGAUAAGAAUACACCAUCAACAAUUAAUAUCACCACAACGCAAGCGCCUCCCAAGCAAAGUAAAAUUGACAGACUUGUUGAACAAAUACAUCCAAUGUUAACGGUUUCUGAAAAAAUGGACGAAGUCUGGAAUGUUGUGGUCGGAACAAAGAGUUCAGUGGACCACCUGGUACCAAAAUCAGAUGAGCUUUUGACACAAACACAACGUCAGGAGAGAGCAAUCAGUGAAAUUCACGCUGAUCUGAGAUCAAAAACAAAUAAGAUUAUCCAAAAUCUCGAGGGCGUUGAGAGUAGACUUAAGAAACAGGAGGAUGACGUUGCUACUUUAGCACAACGACCGAUUCCUGCUGAAUUAUUACUUGAUCCCACAAUUGAUCGACUUGUUGAAUACGAUCCAAGCAGGUAUGUUGGAUUGAAUGAAGAGUUCUCAACGGAAAAUCCAACAACUCCGACAACAGUAACGACAUCGACAUCUUCAAUACCAACAGCCUCAUCGACUUCGUCGGUAGCUUCACCAUCAAAUACUCCAUCGGCAACAACACCAAUGACCUCAACGUCCUCAAGUUCUCAAAGAUCAACAACGAGGAAUCGAGGAGUCAUUUUCCCAAGUGUUAAAAAUAAACCCAUUCCUGUCAAUUCUACAUUUACAACCGAUAUUGUUGUUAACAUCAAGGACGUCAAGGGCUAUUCCUGCAUUGACCUUCUUAACGCAGGAAUGAGAGACAGUGGCGUUUAUUAUCUUCAGAUUCGCGGUACCACCUACUGGUUCCUCAAGGUCUUUUGCGAACAGGAAAUUGCUGAUGGUGGCUGGACGAUCAUUCAAAGGAGAGACGAUUACGGUGAGCCCAGAGAAAAUUUCAACAGAGAUUGGGCUGAUUAUAAAAAUGGUUUUGGCGAUCCUGCCCGGGAAUUUUGGUUGGGUAAUGAAAACAUUUACAUGUUGACGAAUAACGAGGACUAUAUGCUACGAGUCGAACUUGAAGAUUUUGAGGGCAACAAGAGGUAUGCUCAAUAUUCUCAUUUCAAGAUCUAUUCAGAGGGAGAAUACUAUAAAUUGGAGAUCGAUGGUUAUGAGGGAAAUGCAGGAGAUUCUCUAAAUGAUCCUUGGUAUGGAUCAAAUAACAGUCCAUUCUCUACUUACAACAGGGAUAAUGAUAGAUCAUCGUUAAAUUGUGCCUCAAUGCUGAAGGGUGGUUGGUGGUGGAAAUCUUGUGGACGCGGACUGAAUGGACUUUAUUUAAAUGAUCCUCAAGACCUCACAGCUCGACAAGGAAUUGUAUGGUUCCGGUGGAGAGGGUGGGAUUAUACGUUAAAGAAGGCCACGAUGAUGAUCAAACCAAAAGGUCCAGUGGCUGCUGCGUAAAAACAACAUCUCAUCAAGAAGAGAGAAUAUUGAGCGCCCUUGUUAGAAUAACAUUCGUAUAUGUAAGUAUGUAAUUGUAAUGGAUGUCGCCUGCGGCCCUUAUUUUUCAAACAAGAGAAAGGAAUUACAAGGUUACAAGCCAAUGAGUUCGCUAACUCUGAAUACUAGUUUGAAGAAAUUGCAGGGUAAUUUGUAAAAGAAACAGGAUUUCUUCUUUGUCAUCAGAUUCUUUCAUUCUUUCUUUUUUUUUUUUUUUUUUUUUGUUCUAUCAUUCCUCCCUGUAUAUGUCUAUUGUUUUUAAGUGAAUGCGUCAUAUUGUAAAAGUGCCUAUCUAUAGAUUUGAUAAGUACAUCAUAUUUUUUUAGGCGACGACGAAUUGUAAUUAUCUAUGCAGAUUUAGUGUAUAACAUUUCUCGCAAUUUAAUCUGCAUUCCGCCAUCUCACAGUAUUUUAAUACCGUAAGGCAUGACUUUGUAGAGUGAAUAAUUUUUUUUUCUUGAAAAAGAUAUGAUUUCCAGAUUUUUAUAUAGGGUCGUGGAACAUCAGCUCUUUAAAUAGAAAUUAUUUUCUUUAUUUUUCAAUAUUUAAAUUGAAAAUUAAAUAACAAUAAUUUUCUUUGAUGGAUUUACUUAAGGAAGUUCUCCCCCUCCAACGUCAGUCAAAUCAAUGCCCAUUUAAGUUUUCAUUUGUAUCACGUAGUACUAGCUCAACGCUUGGCAACGUUGGAUUAUAUUUC